CAACUGUGAAUUGGUUGGAUGAAAACGUAAAAUUGUAGUUACUCGGUGAACAUUUUGUUUGUGAAAAAAAGAGUUUAAAAUACAGAACAAACAGAAUGGGUGUUCCUACAGCCAAAAAUCCUGAAGCUAUGGACGUUGAAAUAAUUUCUCCAGAAAGUCAAAAUGGCGAUGGAGAUGUCAGCGAUAAAAAAGAUACGGAACUUCAAACGAUUCAUGAUAUUCGUGAGCAUGCACGCCAGAUAGAAAAAGCUGUUCAAAGCAAAGAACCCCGUUUUAUUUUGAGAGCAUUACGUACUUUGCCCAACACACGUCGCAGGCUAAAUUCCAAUGUCCUACGCGGUGUAAUCCUAAGCUUUUAUCCAAAACCGUGCACCGAACGCGAUGCAUUGUUAUCAUGGUUAGAGGAAACUACUGAACCAGAAGAAACUCAAAAACUUCGUGCCUCUGCCAUGAGCCCAUUACCAGAAAUCGAUGCAUACAUUCACUUGUUAGUUCUCGUGCAUUUAAUUGAUAAUGGAAGACACAACGAAGCUGUUCAAUGUUCCGAGGCAUUGUUACAAAAAAUUAUUGCACAGAAUAGACGUACGAUCGAUUUGAUCGCCGCAAAAUGUUAUUUCUAUUAUUCGAGAGCGUAUGAACUAGUCGGAAGAUUAGACAAAAUUCGUGGAUUAUUGCAUUUGAGAUUGAGGACGGCGACUCUGAGAAAUGAUUUCGAGGGACAAGCUGUAUUGAUUAAUUGCUUAUUGAGAAACUAUUUACAUUAUAAUUUGUAUGAUCAAGCAGACAAGCUUGUACUUAAGUCAACUUUCCCAGAAUCUGCUAGUAACAAUGAAUGCGCCCGAUUUUUGUAUUAUCUAGGACGUAUUAAAGCAGCCAGAUUAGAAUACUCAGCCGCGCACAAGUAUUUAGUACAGGCUCUCAGAAAAGCUCCGCAAAGCACUGCGGUAGGUUUCCGCCAAACAGUUCAGAAACUGGCCGUAGCGGUAGAACUUCUUCUUGGAGACAUCCCUGAACGGCAAAUCUUUCGACAAGCAGCUUUGCGUCGUGCUUUAGCUCCAUAUUUCCAAUUAACACAAGCAGUGCGUUUAGGAAAUCUCCAACGGUUUGGAGAAGUUUUAGAAAAUUUUGGUCCACAGUUCAGAGCAGACCAUACGUUCACUUUGAUACUCAGACUGAGACACAAUGUUAUUAAAACCGCGAUUAGAUCAAUCGGGCUAUCCUAUUCCAGGAUUUCUCCCGCGGAUAUCGCGAAGAAACUAGGCUUAGAUUCUAGCGUCGAUGCAGAAUUCAUCGUUGCUAAAGCUAUUAGAGACGGCGUGAUCGAGGCUACGUUAGAACCAGAGAAUGGAUACAUGCGUAGCAAAGAAACUACAGAUAUUUAUUGCACUAAAGAGCCGUUGCUCGCGUUCCAUCAAAGAAUUACUUUUUGCUUGGAUUUACAUAAUCAGAGCGUAAAAGCAAUGAGAUAUCCUCCGAAAUCGUAUGGGAAGGAUCUCGAAUCAGCAGAGGAACGCAGAGAAAGGGAGCAACAGGAUUUGGAACUUGCUAAGGAAAUGGCGGAAGAAGACGACGACGGAUUUCCUUAGGUUAUUCAUUUUUUGGAUAUAUUUAAUUAAUAAAGCAAUUCACGAAGAAAUGUUAAACUCUCUUGUAUUUCAUGUUACAUACGCGGGACAAAUUUAAUACCGCAAGCUUUAAAAUACAUUCAAUAUGAAAAAAUUUUUUAAACGUACUUCUUUUUAUAGA